AUGGAAGCCUGUAUAAAAGGGGGCAUCAAAACAUCCGCGAAGCUUCAGUCAAAUCAAGGAACAGCAUCUACCAUGAGGGCAGUCAUGAUCCUGACCCUCGCCGCGACGGCGAUGGCGCGGCCAGAAGCCGGAUACUCCUAUAGCCAGCCAAGCAGUAGCUACGGCGCUCCUUCCGGUGGAUAUUCGCUCGCCGGUGGUGUUGGUGGUAUUAGUGGUAUCGGUGGCAUCCCAGUGAGGCCCAGCACGACUUUCGGCGCAGGCGGUGGUUUCGGCGGUGGUCCAAGUGCCGCCGGCGUUGGUCCAAGUGUCGCCGGCGGUGGUCCAAGUGUCGUCGGCGGUACCGGCGGUAUCGAGGGUGUCACCGGCUUUUCCUCCGGCAGAGCUGAAGCUGCUACCGUUGCCGGCAGUGCCGGCGGUAUCGAAGGUGUCAAAGUUAAUGCGGCAGCGGCAGCUAGAUUCGCCCCUGCCGUUCAGGUUGUUAGAGACGUCUAUGUUUUCGAAUCAUCUAAAGAUCCCGAAGCAGUCAGUCCCGCCGCGGUAUAUCCGUCACGUCCAGCACAGAAGCAUUAUAAGAUCGUCUUCAUCAAGGCACCUACCUCACCAACACCGACCGCUCCAGUGAUCCCGGUGCAGCAGCAGGAUGAGCAGAAGACACUCAUCUACGUUUUGGUCAAGAAACCCGAGGAGGCGCCCGAGAUCAAUCUGCCUACCAUAACGCCCACUCAGCCCAGCAAACCGGAAGUCUACUUUAUCAAAUACAAGACUCAGAAGGAAGUCACUGGCACCGGACCCAGCACGAGUUACGGGGUACCUGGUAAAUCCGGGCCAUACUAG